GCCGCGGCUCCAAGCCUGCCCUGAGACCCGGCGCGGCCAGUGCCCGGGACGGGACCCGGGCGGGGAGGAAGUAGGGAGGAGGCCGCGCGGAAGCCCGGCGGCGAGCUCCAGGGCCAGCGGCCUGGGCCGCGUCACCGCAGCCACAUGGCCUCCGGAGUGGGCGCGGCCUUCGAGGAGCUGCCGCACGACGGCACGUGUGACGAGUGCGAGCCCGACGAGGCUCCGGGGGCCGAGGAAGUGUGCCGAGAGUGCGCCUUCUGCUACUGCCACCGCCACGCCGAGGCGCACAGGCAGAAGUUCCCUAGCCACCACCUGGCCCAGUACGUCCACGGCGCCGCCCAGGCCUGGACCGCCGCAGCCCCGGCGCAGGGCGAUGCCAAGGAAGAAGCUGAGGCCACGGUGGAGAAUGAGCGGGACCUAGAGAGCGAGGUGGGGGAGGAGAGCGAGUCCGAGGAAGACAGUGAAUCCGAAGAAGAGAGCGAGACGGAGGAAGAGAGCGAGGAUGAGAGCGAUGAAGAGAGUGAAGAGGACAGUGAGGAAGAAAUGGAGGAUGAGCAAGAGAGCGAAGCAGAGGAAGACAACCAAGAAGGAGAAUCUGAGGCUGAGGGAGAAACGGAGGCGGAAAGUGAAUUUGACCCAGAAAUAGAAAUGGAAGCAGAGAGAGUGGCCAAGAGGAAGUGUCCGGACCAUGGGCUCGAUUUGAGCACCUAUUGCCAGGAAGAUAAGCAACUCAUCUGUGUCCUGUGCCCUGUCAUUGGGACUCACCAGGGCCACCAGCUCUCCACCCUAGACGAAGCCUUCGAAGAGCUAAGAAGCAAAGACUCAGGCGGACUGAAGGCGGCUAUGAUAGAGUUGGUGGAAAGGUUGAAGUUCAAGAGCUCAGAUCCUAAAGUAACCCGGGACCAGAUGAAGGUGUUUAUACAGCAGGAGUUUAAGAAAGUUCAGAAAGUGAUUGCUGAUGAGGAGCAGAAGGCCCUUCAUCUAGUGGACAUCCAGGAAGCAAUGGCCACCGCUCAUGUGACUGAGAUACUGGCAGACAUCCAGUCCCACAUGGACAGGUUGAUGACUCAGAUGGCCCAAGCCAAGGAACAACUUGAUACCUCUAAUGAAUCAGCUGAGCCAAAGGCAGAGGGUGACGAGGAAGGACCCAGCGGUGCCAGUGAAGAAGAGGACACAUGAAGGCCUGCCAUCCCCCGUGGAAACUCAUCCCUUCCCCCUGUGUGUAUGUGACGGCGUGUAUGUAGCGGCUUCUGAGUUCUGUGAAAGCUGCCCAGCAACAAACAUACUUCUACCGGACACAUCCCCAGAUCCACAGCAGGCACAUAUCUCUCCAAUGACCAAUUUUAUUGUUACUGACUGUGCUUUUCAUUCUCUUGUCGUGGUAGCUCAAGAAAAAGUGCCCCUAUGAUCAACCAGGAGCAGUUAAUUAAGAAGCAUCCUUCAGGUAGACCCUCAAUGGCUGCUUUGAACUUACUCAGGAAAGCCAGCCCCCAUGAUAUUGUAUACCCAAAUAGCAUCGCUUUAUCUGGAAGGAUCUGGAAUAAUCCUGAAGGGCAGUCAGAAUUUUUUCCCUACCUGCUAAUAAAACCCCACUUUAUUUAUAUUGCAGCAUGAAAUAGUGGGGGGCACAGUAGGGCUUUGUAGAUAGUCUCUAAAAGUCCAAUUAUACAUUUGUGAAAAUGUGGCUCCACGAAGUAAGAUGGGUGGCGUGAAGAUGGGGUUGGAGAAAGAGUUAAAAGUUUGAAAUACAGGGAUAUUUUUAGUACAUGAGGUUAUCCAGCACUUCAAAUCCAUAAUUCAGUGCUGUGGAAAUGAAAAAAAUGAUUGAAGAGGUAGAAAGGAAAUGACUUUUAAAAAAAAAGGACCAAAGAGAUCUGAUUAAAAGUUGAAAUCAGUAUUUCUGAACUCAAAUUGCCUGAGUUUCCAAAAUAGUCACUAAAGGAUCUGAUGGAACCUGAAUUAUUUGGGUGAUUUCUGCCGGUUUUCUGUGUCUUGUCACAACAUGAAGGCUGGGAUGUGUAUUACCAAGUGGGAAUUUUCAGUGUAGGUUUUUGUCACCCCCGCUCCAGCCCCCUUGGCCUCAUUUGGCUUAAAGGCAGUGUAGAGAGAGUUCUCGUCACUCUGGUGUGCUGAAUCAAGCCCUGUCUCCCAGCAGGUACACCCUCCUUUCCCUCCAGCUGGAACCCCUCUUCCCGUGGCACCCUGCCACAGGCCUUCAGCCCCGCCCCCACACCCAGGUUCUUCCUUCUCAAGUACCCUGAGCAGAGACAAGCCACGGUUGGACUUCCAACCUUUCCCCCUUGCCAAGUCACAUUUCCUUACAACCAAGUUUUCUCCUCCCAAGUAAGCAGUGAUUACCAGGGAAUACCAACCUGCAAGUUAAAAAGCCUGCCUUUUCUGAAACAUCAGUUUUACUGAAAUGGUUUGGAGUCAGGGGAUGACCUUUUUUGAUAAAACAGCUACAUUAUGAAAUAGAGUGUUCAUACACAC